AGCAUUGUGGGUAAAUGAAACAUUGUGGGUUCGCGUUAGCCUGUUGCGAUGGCGACGUCUCUAGGAUCUAACACGUAUAACAGGCAAAACUGGGAAGAUUCGGAUUUUCCCAUUCUUUGUCAAACAUGCUUGGGAGAAAACCCUUACAUACGGAUGACCAAAGAGAAAUUCGGCAAGGAGUGCAAGAUCUGUGCACGUCCCUUCACGGUGUUCCGCUGGUGUCCUGGGGUCAGGAUGCGCUUUAAGAAGACAGAAGUGUGUCAGACCUGCAGUAAAAUGAAGAAUGUCUGUCAAACCUGCCUUCUGGAUCUUGAAUAUGGUUUGCCCAUUCAGGUUCGUGACACUGGGCUGUCCGUUAAAGAUGAAGUACCGAGAUCAGAUGUGAAUAAGGAGUAUUACACUCAGAAUAUGGAGAGAGAGAUCGCUAACUCUGAUGGCACAAGACCCGUGGGGCUGCUCGGGAAGGCACCCAGCAGCAGCGAUAUGCUGCUGAAACUAGCUCGUACCACACCAUAUUACAAGAGGAACAGACCACACAUCUGUUCCUUCUGGGUGAAGGGGGAGUGUAAGAGAGGGGAAGAGUGUCCGUACAGGCAUGAAAAGCCCACGGAUCCGGAUGACCCAUUGGCUGAUCAGAACAUUAAGGACCGUUUCUAUGGCAUUAAUGAUCCUGUGGCUGACAAACUUCUGAAGCGGGCAACCACCAUGCCCAGACUGGACAUACCGGAGGACAAGUCUAUCACCACACUCUAUAUCGGAGGGCUGGGAGAAGACGUUACAGAUUCUGAGCUCAGGAAUCACUUCUACCAGUUUGGGGAGAUUCGUACCAUCACCAUCGUUCAAAGGCAGCAGUGUGCUUUCAUCCAGUUUGCUACACGGCAGGCCGCAGAGACGGCUGCAGAGAAGUCCUUUAAUAAACUCAUCAUUAAUGGACGUCGGCUUAAUGUUAAAUGGGGCAGGUCACAGGCGGCUCGAGGAAAGGAGAACGAGAAAGAUGGGGUGACGGAGAGUGGAAUCAGGCUGGAGCCGGUGCCCGGCCUCCCUGGUGCUCUGCCCCUACCCCCUGUGUCUGAUGAAGAUGCCCCCACCAAUUACUUCAACCUGGUUCCCACCAACUCCCCUGCUGUCAUGAACCUGGGACUUCCUCCUCCACCUGGGGUUGCCAUGCCCCCACCACCUGGUUUUGGUCCUCCUAUGUUCCAUGCUAUGGAUCCCAUGGCCCCGCCAAUGCCCCCUCCAAUGGCCAUGAGGCCCCCCGGACAGGUCCACUACCCAUCCCAAGAUCCUCAGCGGAUGGGUGCCCAUGCAAGUCGUCAUGGAGGCCCUUAAAUAGUUAUACAGCUACCUCAAUGCUCAGCAAUGACCUAUGAACAACUGAAUCCAGAGUGAUGUCACCUCUGCCCUCAUAUUUAAGCAUUUACAUCUGUCAAUCAUUUUCAGAGCAUGGAAUGCAUACUGAACCUGAAGAAUAUCUGAAAAAUACUAGCAUAUUGUCAAUCAUUUUCAGAGCACGGAUUGCAUACUGAACCUGGAGAAUACCUGAAAAAUACUAGCAUAUUAGAAUCUUUUAAGCAUUUAAUUUAUAAUAACCCUUCAUGGUUUCUGUUAUCUUUUUGUCAGUUUAUGUUUUGUAUGUAAUGAUAUGAAACAGAUAUCAUGCCUUUUUUAGGGCCGAAAAUAAUCUUUUGCAGUGACCAACAACUAACAAGUGGGGGCACUAUUGACUAUUUCAUUCACCUGAAGUCUUUAUUUGUUUGACACAGUUUUGUCUUAAUUCCAGGUUUCAUAUUACAGUUUGUGCUAGUGUCCAUAUCUUUCCAUUUUGUUCUGUAAAGUAUGAAGUGUGUUGUCCUGAUUUUAAGACAUUUUUAUAUAUAUGUAUAUACAGCUGUCUAGCUGCAUUGUUGCAUUAAAGAAGCUUCACAUUUUGUAA